GUCAACACAUAACAUGAAAAUUCUCUUGGCCGUAAUCGUUUUUGCCCUCUAUACUCUACACGUCCAGGGUAGGUUUGCAACAUUUUAUUUCGUUACAACUGUAAACAUAAUAAAGGCUCGCCUUCCAAUCCGCCGAAUGAAAAAAAGGUUCUAUUGGAAGUAGAUUUUUUUUCAAACGUCCUUCUUCCUGAAAACUUAAGUCAUAGUUUUUAAGAGAAUUUUUCUUUUGGAACAACUUACAACUGAUUCUCGGUAGGGGAAAGCAAAGAUCGUUGGGAAUUUCGUUCAAGUGACUUGGCAAACAAGUUCUUUGAUAACAAGAAGUGUUACGAAUAAUUAUUGGAUUUUUUAACUCAGAUUUUUGCUGCAAAAACGGUUACAACCCAACUUCUACGCGCAGCAUCGAACAACUGAAAAGCGGCUAAGCAUCGAAAGAGCAUCUCAUAAUAACUUGAGCUGUAUGAUUCUUUUUUGACAAAGGUUAGCCUUCAAGCAAACGGAACUAUUUUGCCAAUCAAUCAACAAUCGAUACAAUCGAUUCUCUUUUUUUUUCUAAAUCUUAUCUCACUCAUUGAUAUCUUGGGAACCUACCGAAAAUAACAGUGAAAUACCACGUUUGAUUUUGAGAUGGAAGUCUCCUUCAUUCAAAGAAGAACAAAAAUUUACUUUACGCGGAACGAACUUCUGUCUCAGUUCUGUUUCUAUCUAAAAGCCAACCACUUUUGAGGUAGAUCUUUCUUCUAACCUUUAUUUUUUGUUAAAAAAACCUAAAAAAUCUCAGUUAAUUAAGCAAUGCCUCGAAGAUGAACAUGAUGAUUAAAUCGUCAAAUGAAACUGAACAGAAGAACAAAUAUGUCUGAUGUAAUAGCUCGGUGUUGUUUUUUCAACAAGACAUGUAUUAAAAGACAGUUGAUUGACUGGUUUUUUAAAACAGGAAAUUAAAUUGGUUCACAUAUGUAUUGAGCACUUCUAGGGAUAAUUCUAAACAAUAAUGUAUAUAAUGAUAACACCCAUGAUCUUUUCUAAAUUUGCUGAAAUUGAUGGGGAAGUCGAAAUUGAAAUCCCUAGUGACAGCUGCUCAAACAGAAGACAAUCAUCAUGCUGGAAAAACAUACAGAAAGGAAUAAGAACCAGUAUUUCUUUUGUACAUAUUUUCAUGGUUAUUUGCAUCACGUAUUGCUGCAUCAGCGGAUAAGAUAUCGAUCAUAAGGAACCAGUGAUUACACCAAUUAGGGCAAUAUUUCUAUUAUCCAAUCAAAUGUCAGCUCAGAAUUUCAAUCGAAAAUCGCUCCAUUUAUCACAGGUCAAAACCAGUUUAAGACAUGCAUCCGAGAAUGGGAGAAAAUCGGAUGCUUUAAGGACAACAUCAACCCUUCCCGGACUCUCCCUGAGAUGCUUCUAAACGACAGGGACAGUAACAGCAAGUAUCAUGAGAUAGGCUACCGGCUGAACUGGCACCGAUGGACAGAAUCUACCCAUAGGUAAUAGCUUUGAUGAUUUUUUUAGUCCAAUGAAAGCAAGCAACACAUGUUUCAAUAAAGGUGGCUGCAUAGUGUUUUAGUCUAAUUAUGACACACGCAUCGGCGUUCUGUUUUCAUGGGGAAUGUUUGAUGUUUUCUGUCGUGAAGAUCACAAAACAUCACCAGAAUGUCAUAAACAAGGAUCGGAAUGUUGUUUUCUGUAGUUUAUGUUAUAAUAGCGGUGUUCAUUCUUAAGCUUAACCGCACCAAAGGGAGGCUCUCGUUAGCCUUCAUUUUUUUUUAAAUUUUACCUUUCUCCCAUUUGCUUCUACCACAAUUUUCCACAAUAUUUGGAAUUUGACCAUGCUCAUCCCGAUCAUUUUAAAUUCUAAAAAAAAUUGGGGCUACAAAGGAAGUUUCUUCGCUUUUUGCAAUUUUUUUUCUGCGGCUAACUUAGAACUCGUCUCAUAAUUGUUUUUCGUUAAUUGAAAAAAAGGAAGGGCACAGGUUUAAUAGAUCACAAACGAGGUCAAAAUGAGGUAAGAACAAAUUUGUGGGUGUGGCACUGAUGUUCUUUCCAUAUGAUGACGUCAUCUGUGAUAGAUAACUGAACAGGCGCACGGCAACAUGGGAUCUAUUUGUUUUAUAUAAUAAGGGGCUAAGAAUGACUAACAUCUAAUAUCUCCUUACAUUAUCACCACUGAAUCAAACAUUAUUGUCACGAGAGUAAAGGAAAUGAUCACCAACCAAAAAAAACUAUUGAUUGUUAGAUAAAUUCUCCUUGUCAGAACCUUAGUAAAUGUACAGAGAACAUUACGGAUUAUAUGAAUACUGAUUGAUUGUAAAGGGUUAAUGGUAAUUCAGCUUAUUAUAUAAUCUCCUAUGAAGCCAUCUUUACAUUAACAUUUAGGAUUCGUUGUGAUUCUUUUUAGUCUGGCAUGUCGAUGUGCGGAAAAAGCUAAAAAGAAAGGAUACACAGUAUUUGGUCUACAGUUUUACGGCGAGUGUUGGAGCGGCCCAAAUGCAGAGCUGAACUUCAACCGCGAUGGCUCGAGUAAUAGUUGCAUCAUGGAUCUUCAAGAUCCAACUGACUGCGACAAAAAAUCACUCCAAGAAUGUGUUGGGAAGCAGAAAACCAACUACAUUUAUAGACUGACAGACAGUAAGUUUGAAUAGAAGUCUCAAGUUUUUUUCUAGAUUAAAAAAAAAACUUUUUUUGUUUUGGUUUUCAUUUUGACGGACACGUGGCUGUUGGUCCUGCAUGCAUAAUCUUGAAGUUCCGACCCACUGCCACAAAGUAUCAGUACAAGAGGGCGUAGGGGGAGGAGCGGCAAAGACUAACUUCAUCUAUAAUUGACAGAAUACCAAUGUAAAGUAAAAAGAGAUUCUUGUCUAAGCCUUACUCCUUCCCCUAUUUUUGCAAUAUUUAGACGAACACGUGAGGUUUUCAUAAGAGUGUGGGAAAAUCGUUCGGUACACUUGCGAGAAACCAAGAGCAGCCAUUUCAAGGGAAAAUAACGGUCACUUACAUUUUUCUUGUUUGCAGUCAAUUCUUCUCGGUACUUCCAACCACAAAUGAUCAAUACCCCCAUAAGAGACAUGGUUUGAUACUACUCUGGUUUACAGAUUUAAUGAAAGUAUCCGAAGAAGAUCAGGUGUGAUCUAAACGCUGCAACGAGAGGUCCUUCCUGAUCAUAUAAAAGGACCUCUUGUUGCAGCGUUUAGAUCACCCCUGAUGAAGGAACUAGACAGGAGUGUCGAAACGUUGGGUCUAUGAAUUGCAACUUCUUCGGUUACAUUCAUUAAAUCUGUAAACCAGAGUAGCAUCAAACCAUGUCUGAUUGUCCACCUGGUUGCCAUGUGAAUUUUAAUAUUCCCCCAUAAGAGUUCUCAGUGAUCUGUUUGCUAGGAAGCUUGGGUCCCAACUGAUUUAAGAAUAUUUUCAGAGGAAAACAUCGCUUGAAAUUAGAAGAUCAGACACUAUGUGAACCGAUGGUUUGUUUCACGCAGCUAGUCUCAAUCAUUCCGCAUGUGCUGGUAAAACACCUAUCCCAGGUGAACUUUCGCUCACAUUUCUUACCGAGGGUUUUGACGAUGUAAGUGCUAUUGGUCUAUCCUUUCACUCUUACUUUAGACCCAGGCCCUCAAACCCCUGAUAUUGAUGGGGGCUUCACCGAGUGGUCUAGUUGGACUGAGUGCAGCAAGACAUGUGGUGGAGGAGAAAAGAUCCGUGAGAGGUCAUGCACUAAUCCUGCACCCCAAGGAAAUGGACGGUUAUGUUCUGGUGAUAACGAGGAGGUCGCCCCCUGCAACAGCCAGGAAUGCAACUGUAAGCUAAGUUUAGCCCUCUUCACGCUAAUUUCAGUAUGUAUAUUCUACCUACUGUUUCCUAUACACUUCCUUGGGUGCUGACAAGGAGAAUUUGUUUUGCAAUCAGGAACUUCUUCACAUUUAGUUGGUGAUCAUUUCCUUUAUUCUCAUGACCUUAAUUUUUGAUUCAGGGGUGAUAUAGUAAGGAGAUAUUAGGUGCUAGUAACUCUAAGGGAUCGAAGGGUGAAAAGCGGUAUCGAUGUAUCUAAGUGAUUUUUAUUACAAUUCCGUGACUUUUGUGACAGUCUCAGAUACUACCUGCUAAUUUUUGCGUGAUCCUUUUGUACGCAACGUAGACACAGCCGAUGUACAGUCACAGGUAUUUGUCACGCGAUGCAGUCACGCAAGUGAAGGCAAAACCGCUGAUCUCCUAAUGCCGCAAUACGCCAAACAGUUCAUUCUAAGAGUCGUUUUUUUCUCAUUUACUAGAUUGUGAUAUGAUCAUGGAUGUUGGUAUCAUUAUUGACUCGUCUAGUAGUGUGCGCCGUGCAAAUUUUGGGAAAGUAAAGAACUUUUUGCUUCAACUUGUUGAAAAAAUGGACGUGAACGAUAGCAUGGUUCACGUGGGUGUCAUCCAUUACAACCACAAAGCAUACCUGGACUGGAAUUUAAAGUCCAAAGAAGCGAUGAACGCCAAUGAUUUGAAAAAAGCUAUCGAAGCCCUGGAGUAUAAACCAGGAGGGACUAGGACUGAUGUGGCCUUGGCUGCAGCAGAAAAAGAACUUCUGAAUUAUAGAAAUGGCAUGAGGCCCGGUGUACCUCAUGUACUUUUGGUCAUCACUGAUGGAAAGACGAGUUCGAGAUCCGUUCCAUAUCCGAAAGUCCUUGAGCCAUUUAAGGUAUUGAGAUUCUCGAAUUUAAUUGGCACGUAGGCCCCAAAUUCCAGAUCUCUUUAUCUAAGAUGCUAAUAACAUCUUAUUGUGACUCUUACCCGAUACAAAUGAAUAUAAAAUGAGCAUUAGUGUCGUUCAGUUAGCAUUGCCUUUAAAAAGCCAGCCUUUUCUUCUCCCAUAUGUAACCCCAACAACUCAAAACGUUAUAGGUAUGAAACGUUAAAUUUCCAUAUCUCCCCCCCUCUCCCCCUGCGAGAGAGAGGCUUUUGCCAGAUAAUUAAAUUGAACAUAAGCAAUAAGCAUGAGCAUUUUUUUUCAAUCAGAAGGGAAACGUAAAGGUGAUCGCCAUUGGAGUUGGUAAGUUAGUGGAUAAUAAAGAAUUAAAAGAGAUUGCAAUGGGCAAUAACGGCAAUGUCCUUCAAGUGGAAAACUUUGACGUACUUGUGUCCAAGAUCACAGAUAUCGUAAAGAUCUCCUGUGCCCAAAGAAAACUUCAGUAACCAAGAGUAAGAUUUUUUAAUUUUAUAUAACCUCAUAUUUAGUUCUAUAGGUCUAUUUCAUAAUUCUUUCCAUAAUUGAUACAAUAAAAAUGGUGCACGUGAGAUUGACCUCAUCGAAGAUAUCACCCAAAAAACUAAAAUAUAUCUGUAUUAAUCAAAUUAUCAAGCACGAAAUAAAUUCUUAAUCCUUUUUAUCAAAACACAAAUGGGAGAUAUGCCUAAUCGUUGUAACCUCUUUAUACCCCUACUAUAGCCUUGGACAAAAACACUCUACUCCGUUCAUGAUCCCCCCUCCCAAAAAAUAAAUAAAUAAAUAAAUAAAUAGAACAGGAAGGAAGGAAACUUAUGGGAGUCGAUUCCUGCUUGUUUAGAUUUAACUUUAAAACAAAUACGGAGUAACAUACAUAAAAGACACUGAAAAACACUGGUUCUGGAUUUCAAAGUUGUUGGUCAAAAUCCUCAUAAAAAAUACACCUUCCUUGUCGAUUGCAAUUGUUGUUUAUGUUGCUGAUGUUCUUGUUGUUGUCAGUGCAACAGACUUGUUCUAACGUUGAUACUUUUAUAAUUGCAGGUUAUACUGAAGUAACUUGUGAAGAAACAUAGCGGUGUCUCAUUAAAUCCCAGGGUUAAAAAAGCUAAGCUUUAGAUUCAUGUGAAUUAGUGCGGUGUUGUCAGGAAACAAUAAAAUUCUGUGACAAAGAGAUUCUGAAAAUAUCUCCACUGAACUCGUUUUUCAGAACAACUUCCACCAAAACAUUUUUCCGACUCAGUGUCUCACCCUUUUAUCUUCCUCUCUUCGUCUUUUCUACCAUAGAAGUAUUCUUGAUAAAAAUAAUCACAUCUGUGAUAAUCAAAGAAGCAGUUGCUCGUUAACCGCGCGUUGUGGUUUGCAAUAGCGAGUGCAUUAAGGUCACAGCAACACCAUUCUGUCUGUGAUUCCAAUUUAAUCUUGAAGAGUUAGUUCCUCUGAAGCGCUAAUGAUGCAUCUUUCAACAACUUCAAACGCGCUACGGUCGUGUAGCGGUGACCAACCAGAGAGCAAAUCUGGUACCAAGAC